UUCUUUGGUUUCUCCAAUUCUUCUUUGCUCUGUGUUCCAAAUUUGACCAGCUGUUCUUUGGAUUUCUAACUUUACUGCUCCGCGCUUUGGUUGAUUUCUCGCGUUCACUGAAAAACUCGUGAUGCAUUCCUCUUCUUCUUUCUCUGACUCGUUGAUUGUUUUUUAUUUUUAUUGAACGUGCUGCCUUUCAGAUUUUGGGGAUUCUUCGAUAUUCCAGUUUUUACCGGUAAAGAAGGCAACUGCCUUAACUACUGCAGAGCAUAUAAGAAUUUUGAGUCCUAAAAUGUCUGCCUAGGAGUUGUUACUAGACUCCACUGAGCCCAAGUCCUGGAAACGCUUCUAAUACCAACUGCUAGCGGUGAAUAUAUUCUUGCUUUGGGCUCAUUUCUGAUUUCUUAAUGCAAGCAUCUCAGAAUCGGCAGGCUUCAUCUAUGAUCCAUGAGAUGGAUCCGUACUAUUUAUCUGGUUUUCACGUAUUGGGAAACCACGUCUCUCCUGACGCAAGCAGCCAGGGAAACAGUGUUAACUUCUCUUCCUAUAAGGAUCAGUUCUUUACUCUGGAAUCAUUCCCGGCUACUGCUGAUCUGAGUGGCUCUAAUUCUCCUUCUACUGGGAGUGUUCUGUCGUCUAGGAGCCCCUUCUCACCUCAGGGUUCUCAAUCAUGCUCAUCAGAUCAACACCAUUCCUUUGAGAACACAUGUGGAUCACCAAUGAGUGGAUGCUCUGUAACUGAUGAAGACAACGACAUAAAGCACAAGCUUAAAGAAUUAGAAAUUUCUUUGCUGGGGCCUGAAUCCGAUAUUGUGGAUAGCUGCUACUGUUCUUUCAGGGGUGGGGCGCAUCGAGAUGCUUCAGUGGCAAGGCGGAACUGGAAUCAAGUGGUUGAAAUGAUUCCUAAACUAAAUCUUCAGGACACGCUUAUCCAUUGUGCCCAAGCAAUUCAUGAUUCCGAUCUAAAUGUGGCAACACUUUUUAUGGAUGUUUUAGGGCAGAUGGUUUCCGUCUCUGGCGACCCAUCCCAGAGAUUGGGAGCUUACUUGUUGGAAGGGCUUAGAGCAAGGUUGGAACGAUCUGGGAGUGCAAUAUACAAAUCCCUAAAGUGCAAAGAGCCAACAAGCUCUGAACUAAUGUCAUAUAUGUCUAUUCUAUUCCAGAUCUGCCCGUACUUCAAAUUUGGUUACACAUCUGCUAAUGCUGUAAUUAGGGAGGCCAUGGUCAAUGAACCCAUAAUCCACAUCAUUGAUUUUCAGAUUGCUCAGGGUAGUCAGUAUAUAUCUCUCAUCCAGGAUCUUGCCAAUCGGCCCGGCGGACCCCCAGCUCUUCUUCGCAUUACAGGUGUGGAUGAUUCCCAAUCAGCUCAUGCUCGAGGAGGGGGACUACAAAUUGUGGGACAGAACUUAGCUCAGCUGGCUCAAUCAAAAGGAAUUCCCUUCCAAUUUCAUGCUGCUGCAAUGUCCGGUUGUGACGUUGAACACAGUAAUCUUAUAAUACAACCAGGAGAAGCAUUGGCUGUAAAUUUUCCAUACACCUUACACCACAUGCCAGAUGAGAGCGUGAGCACACAGAAUCAUCGAGACCGGCUUCUUAGGCUGGUUAAAAGUCUCUCACCGAAAGUAGUAACCAUUAUUGAGCAGGAAUCCAACACCAACACAUCCCCAUUCCUUCUUCGCUUCAUAGAGACACUAGAUUAUUACACUGCUAUGUUCGAGUCAAUAGAUGUAGCUCGUUCAAGAGAUGACAAGCAGAGAAUCAGGGCAGAGCAACACUGUGUGGCCCGAGACAUAGUGAACAUGGUAGCUUGUGAAGGGUUCGAAAGGGUAGAACGUCAUGAACUCCUUGGCAAAUGGAGGAUGAGAAUGAGAAUGGCUGGUUUCACUCCAUAUACAAUGAGCCCAUCCGUUACUGGAGCUGUUAGAAAUAUGUUGAGAGAUUUCAAUGAGAACUACAGACUCCAAGAAGUUGAUGGAGCUAUCUACCUUGGAUGGAAAAACAGAGCAAUGGCAACCGCAUCUGCAUGGAGAUGAAAGCUUUUAAAAGUCUGAAUCCAAUUGCGUAAUUAGAUCAUGUAAAAUUUUGCUCUCGAGCUUUCCUUUACAAGUAAUUUUUAAGAGCCAUGGAGCGAUGGUAACCCAUACAGAUUUAUAGAAUGUGAGGUUAAAAAAAGCUCUUACUGUUCGUAGGAAGGAUCCCAAAUGUUGAAACCUGCUGUAAAUUUUCUAACUUUGGCUAAAGAAUUUUGUCCUCGUGUUAAAACACUAUAGUUUAUAAAGAUAAAUCGCAUUAUAGUAUCUUAUUACAUUAAUCACUCUAUUUAAUACCAGAAAGAUGUGGUGCGUUUUGUUCGGAUGUUCUAAGAAUCUCUCUCCCUUAGUCUAAUUUUGCACAAAUGAUUAAACGUUCGUACGAUAAAUUUAACUGAUGUUUAGGUGUCAGAGAGCUGAAGGGUUAGAUCUUUGCCGUAAAUUUGUCUCUGACAGCUCUAUCAUUUCCAUUUGUGUAAGGGAAAAAAAGCCUCUUCCUCCUCUUCCUCCUCUUCCAAUUAUCCUAAAAUCAGGAAUUUCAUUAAUUUCAAUGGAAGGAUGGGCAAUGCAGAGGGAGAAAGAGCGAGAACGACGACGUAUAAGGGACAGAGAAAGAAGAUCGUCAAUGAGCAUUGAACAGAGAGAGAGGCAUCUCGCAAGACGUCGUCGAAACUACCAAAUACGAAGAUUGAAAUAUCGAAAUGGGAAAACCACAAAUCCAAGCUUUUCUGGAACAAAUUCAUUUAAGGCGGUCUCAGAAACUUCCAUUGCAGAGCUUGAUCUGCAACAAAAUGGGCUUAUGCUCGUCGGUUUCAAUCACGAACAAGAAUCCUUAAAUCCAGAUUCCAUAACGUCUUCCAGUUCUGAAAUAUUGGACCCAAGAGCUGAAAUUCUCCAAGGGAGGGUACGUUUGAGUCAUAUUCGACGACUUGCACGUUCAAUUGGGAUUCACCAAAUGUUUUCACAAGUAGAAUCAACUUCCAAUUGUAAGUCUGAGGAUUCUAGCUUGGAAUACGAUCUUAAUAGAUCAUCAAGAUCGUUAAGGCGUGUCAAGCGUCUAGCGAGAAUGAUGAAUUCAUCUCUGAAACCAUCUGCUGAUGAAUCUUCACAACAUAAAACCACCAUUGCAGG